CACACCCUCACUGAAUGAAGAGCUCCACUUACUGCUCAUGCAAUGCAUAUGUUUGGUACUCCCUUGUCCCUUGGCAGUCAUUCAUCCAUUCAUGGUGCCAUUCAAUUCACCUUGAAGCUCUGGUCUGCUCGCAGUCUCAGGCUCUCGCGGCUUGGAGGUUGCAGUGCUCUUGCAAAAAAAAAGGGGAGAACGGUUUUGAGGAUCUGUUGCAUCUUCUCCUCCCUCCGCGACCACGAUUUAGAUUACACCAGGGUGAUCUGAACUGUUACAGAAGUCUACGACUACCACCGGCUGCCUCACUCAUCGGAUUAGCCUCAUCGGUCACCAUGUCGAAGCAACCAUCCAGCAGGAACCACGGGGGCAAGAGGCUGAGGCCAGGGCAGUGCAUCCAGGUCUUUCUGCUGGUAGCCGUCAGCAUUUGGCUCGUCUACCAGCUGGGACAUUGCUUCAAGCGACGGGCACUUGCAGUGAAAAUUGGUGGCAGCAGAGGCGUGGGUGGUGAGCCGAUACGACGCCGCUGGCUGGACAGGAAGAGCCUCAUCAAAUUCGCAGGUGCUGUGUCCGGGGAGGUCGCUUCUGGGAUCAGCGGUGGCGGCAUCACUGCCACGAACGAUGACGCUGUCGGGCGGAAGCCAAGGACGAGCGAAGGUAGAGAAGACGAGGGUGACCAAGAUGAUGAUGGCCUCUUCGGUUAUGAUGCUGGGGACGACAGCGAUUUCAAUCCCGAGAAUGGUGAAGGUGAAGAAAACAGUGAACUGGAUACAAGCACUGCUCAUCGGGUCAACACUACCGGCCGCGCGCAAGAUGGUGGUGCUGAUCAGUUGCUGAAUGGUGCCCCAGAUGGUAACAGAUCUCUGAACACCUCCAACCUAAGAACGGAUUUAUCUUCGGGGAUGUCACUAACUCGUCAUGGACUCAUGGUGCUGAUUCUUUUCCGGUCGAGAAGCUCUAGGAGGAAGCGUUCUUGCAGACUUCUUUUUACUACAAUUCAGAUUAGCUAGUGAUUCGGCUUUAGAUUAGCUAGUGAUUCAGACAGUUCUUCUGGAAACUUCUCCUGAUUGUAUUGCCCCGGAGCCUUGUUUACUAGUUCUGAGAAUCUGGUUAACUGCAGACAGUCUUAAACUUCUUUAAAUUGUUAUCUCGUCUAAUAUUAGUCGCCGCAUAAACAACUAUCAAACUUGACAACCAUGGAAGC